AAAGAGUGGGACUGAGGGACCUGCUACCUCUCUUCACCUCGUUCUCAAUGAGGGUAAAAUGCAUUUAUUCACGAAAGUUUUGAGGAUUUAUUUUUACCUAUGAUAAUGAGCACAACGGGCUUUCAUACUUGACAACGAAUGGCAUACGCACACGCACAAGAGAAAGCCACGAAAACCUUGCUUUAAUUGAGAUUGUGAUCAUCAUGAGCAGGUGACAUCCAUUUUUCAGAUAUGGCAGAGGGAAACGAUGUGGAAGAUCCAGAUAUUGUGUAUGCUCAACAUCUCAUUGAAUGUGAGCUUUGCUCCAACACAGUGAGCCUACACUGUAGUGUUUGUAAAGUCAAUCUCUGUGGCGUGUGUGUAGGUGCUCAUAUAAAUGCCAAAUCCUCACAAGAACAUAACAUUGUGUCUUAUAAGCUGAGAGGAUCCAUGCCAAUUCUUCCACCUUGUGCUAUUCAUAAAAAUGAAAAGUGUAAUUUGUUUUGUACAAAAUGUCAGAUUCCCAUUUGUGUGAACUGCAUAACACUUAAUCACAAAGCCCACCCAGCUAUAAAACUGGAAGAUAGAUGCAAGCAAAAAAGCCUUGAAAUCGAAAAAGAAAGUAAAUCUCUGGAAAACAAUGUUUGUAAAAAUCUGGAGGAUAAUAUUGCUAAAAUGCAGAAACAGCUGAAAGAAGUUCGAGUAAAAUACGAAAAAAUGCAAAUUGAGGUCACUGAGCAUGGAAGGCAAUGGCACGCUGAAGUGGACAGGACAGUGCAAAAGUUCUCUGAAGAAAUAAAGAGUAUGGAAGAUCGAGACAUUACACUCUUAGAGAAACAAAUCGAGGAAAGCAAAGCUCUCCUGAGGGCACUCAGUAUUCACUGUAAAGAAGUGAAGAAGUUUGCCAGUUCUCUUGAUUUAAAAGAUAUUCUUGAUUAUGAAUUAAGAAAGGAAACAUCACAUCGUUUCAACUUUUCUUUAACCAUGCCAUCAUUUAUUUCCACAAAAAUCAAAGCAAAUAAAAUGUAUGAAACUUUUGGCAAUCUUUUUUCUCAAAUACCACACCAUGUAAAAUCCUUCGCUUCAAAACAGGAAACUGUACGCAAAUUAUGCAGUAGAUCAACCAUCUGCAAGUCUGUGGAAACCAGAGUUGAUACGAUUUGCAAUCUUGUGUGCAUUAAUGACAAUACUGUUUGGCUGAAUGGUGAAAACAAUGCAAUAAUAUGCUUCAAGGAUACUGGUGUUGAGUUUGAAAGACAAACAAUAACAUUGGAAUUCAAACCCACUAAUUUGGCCAUUACCAGACAAGGAGAUUUGGUCUUUGCCAUCUGUCAUUCAUUGCAUAGCUGUGCUUACAAAGUUACUGAUAGCAAAAUCAAAGAACUGAUCACUUUUGUUGACUGGAGACCUAUUGGAGUUUGUUGCACAGCAGACGACAAAUUCCUGGUCUCCCUGGAGAACAAGGAUGAAACUGAGGUCAAAAUUGCUCGCUUCUCUGAUUCAGAAAUAAUUCAAGAAAUUCAGUACGAUGACCAUCAUCAACCUCUCUACCAGGCUGGGAAAUAUUACAUUCUGGUGGAAGAAAAUAAAAAUCUGGAUGUCUGUGCAUCAGAACCAAACAAAAACGAAGUGGUUGUCACCAACAAAAAUGGAACUCUUCGAUGGAGAUACAAAGGGAAUCUGCAGACUGGAAAGUAUGAGUCCUUUUCUCCGAGUUUCAUAUGCUCGAAUAUCCAUAGCCAACUUUUAGUCAUGGACACCGAUAAUGAAUGUGUUCAUCUGCUAGAUAUGGAUGGAAUUUUCAUUACUUACAUUACGCAUCCAAACAUCCAGGGUAUUGGUGCCAUGAGUUUGGACAGAAGUGGGAGAUUAUGGAUAGCCAAUUACAAAGGAGGGCAAAUUAAUGUUUUCAAAUAUCUACAAUAAAUUUAACAAUGUACUGCAACUUUUCAGCUUGAUCAGAGAUACCAGUACUGUGAUCUGUAUUUAUGUUUUUCUUUAUAUCAUCCUUUUUGUAUCACUUGAGAAGAAAACUUAAAAAAAAAAUUCUGUGGGACAGAACAUCACCCUCCAUCCCUUUUCAACAAAAUACAAGUUCUACAAAUGCAAAGCAGGUUAAGUUCAAUUUUGUUCAUUGGAAUUCCUGAUGGAAAAUGAAAUUUUCAUCAUUUACGAAAAAUUCAAAAGGUGACCUACAAAAGCAGGUCAUCUGGGUGACCUCCAGGCUCCUUAAUGAAAUGAAUUAGAGUCUUAACAUUGCAUUAAUUGUUUCCCCGAUUGCUAUAUGUACAGUAUAUAAAAUUGCCAGGCAAACUUAUGACUUAAAACUUUCAUUUCUAAGCCUACUUUCAGAACCAAAUCUUACAUGGACACCUUACUACUGUAAAUGUAUUAUAUUUGGCGUGUACGAUAUUUGGCGGAAAUUCAAUUUUCAACAAGUUAGCGUAGAUUUGAUUUAGCGCUGUCUGAAUUUGCUAGUUAUAAAAGUUAAUAUACAAAACAUUUAGCGUUGUACUUGAAUUAGCGGACUCUGCUUUCCGCUUAAAUCGCUAAAUAGAGUACACCACUAAAUGUAAUAUGUUUACAGUAUCACAUAAGCUUUCCUGAUCUCUGACCAGUAGAGCUAAAAAUGAAACUAUGAAUAAAAAGCAACUAGUAAUCAA